AAAAAACCCCCCAAAAAAAAAAUCUUUUUUGGGGGAGAAACGAAACUUAUUUGCAACCAGUCAUCAUGGUAGUGUUCAAGAAGAUCAAGACCUUUGAGAUAGUCUUCAGCGAGCCUGAGAAGGUCUUCUGCAGUGGAGAGAAGGUAGCUGGCCGUGUACUGGUGGAAGUGACCGAAGUCACCCAAGUCAGCUCAGUUAAAGUGCUGGCUUGUGGGGAGGCCAAGGUGGUCUGGAUCAAGGGACCCCAACAAUGCAAGCAAGAGGUGGAGUAUCUGCGCUAUGAGGAUGUCCUCACCCUGGAUGAUCAGCCCACUGAUGAGGAUGGCUCUGUGAUCUUGAGACCUGGCAACAAAUAUGAAUACAAAUUUGGAUUUGAGCUUCCCCAGGGACCUCUGGGGACCUCAUUCAAAGGGAAGUAUGGCUGUGUGGAUUACUGGGUUAAGGCUUUCUUGGAUCGCCCAUCCUGUCACACUCAGGAGAUAAAGCAGCACUUUGAGGUCAUGGAUCCUGUUGAUGUCAACACUCCAGACUUAAUGUCGCCAGUAGCUGCCAAGAAAGACAAGAAGGUGUUCUGCAUGUUCAUUCCUGAUGGGCAUGUGUCUGUCAGUGCUAGGAUUGACCGAAAAGGAUUCUGUGAAGGUGAUGAUAUCUGCAUAAACGCAGAGUUUGAGAACAUCUGCUCCCGGAUCGUGGUACCCAAAGCAGCCAUUGUUUCCAAGCAUACCUACUUGGCAAACGGGCAGACCAAGGUUUUGACCCAGAAACUUUCCUGCGUCCGAGGCAACCCCAUCAUCUCUGGCAUGUCUGAGAGCUGGCGGGGUAAAACUCUUCGGGUCAAGAAGAUCAAACCGUCCAUCCUGAGCUGCAAUAUCCUGCGUGUGGAGUACUUCUUGCAGAUCUAUGCCAGCGUUCCUGGCUCCAAGAAGAUCCUUCUGGAGCUGCCUCUUGUCAUCGGUAGCCGAUCUGGGUUUGCCAGCCGCAGCUCCAGCAUGGCUAGCCAGACUAGCUCUGAAAUGAGCUGGGUGGACCUAAAUAUUCCUGAUGCUCCAGAAGCACCUCCAUGCUACCUGGACAUCAUCCCUGAAGAUCACCGCCUGGAGAGCCCCAACACUCCCCUUCUGGAUGAUUUCGACAGUUCCUUUGACAGCCCUAUCUUCAUGUACGCCCCAGAAUUCAAGUUCAUGCCUCCUCCCACUUACACAGAGGUGGAUCCCUGCAAUGGUAACAACAACGUGCAGUAAGGGCCAAGAAGCAUCUGUUUCUCUGUUUCUUCUACUUUUCUGGACUCUAUCUGCAGUGAUUAUAACUAGCCAAAGUUCAGAACGGGGUUUCAAAGCCCUGAUUCAAGGGAAAAAACAUCCCAAGAGGUGUGGGAUAGGGCAGUUCCUACCAGGCUGAAAAAAUCACAGCCAGCACUGAAGGCAGCAAAUGUAAAGGUCUUCCUUCUAAGAGGACUUGAUGUGAUGAGCAAAAUGCCAUGUUGGUCAGAGGCCUUCAGGGGGAGGAGCUUUUAGCCAGCUAGUGCUCGCUCUUGUCCCUGUGCUCAAAAGGACUCCAGAGCCCUUCAGAAUCUCCCUGGAAAAUAAAUAGUAGCUUGUAUGGAAGCUGUAAUGGGAGUACAUGGGGUGGAAAAGGUGUGUGUGUGUGCUCCAUGGCGAGCACUUAAGAGUUGAUUUGUUAGGGAGAGACAUAAAGCCGCCAGAUUCUGAUUUUAAAAAAGCCUCUAUGCCAGAAAAACUACUAUCACCGUGCCUCGAAUCUGUUACUAUGCUGUACUGAUCAGUCCUAUUUGAACACGUGAUCAGUGGGGGUUUUUUAAGUGUCUGAAGAUUUCAAUGAAACCUGCUAGCUUAGGAUUGUAAACUUGUUGCUUUAUAAGGAUUGCUACUUGUGCUUGAGCUAGCACCAUAAAUCUCAAAGCUUUCUACAACCCUCCUAUUGAGGAUUUUGGGUGUUGGUGGAAACACUUCUGUGCCUUGGCACUAGGUAGAAGUGAAGAGAUCAAAUAGAAAUCAUCAAGGGGAAGAACUUAAGUUGAGGUGGCUUUUUUUAAAGGAUAUUUAUGCAUGUCCAUCUGUCUUUGUUCUAACAAGCAAAUGAAACAUUAUCCACUCCAAAUGUCUCAAAAGCCAAGAUUUUAUACAAUCAGUUCAAAGUGGUGUCAUAUGAUUCAUGUCUUUGGUAGCAUUUAUUGUUUGACUUUGAGUUUUCUGAAUCUGCUAAACAAGUGUAAGCUAAACUGCAUGAUCCUUUUGAGAAGAAUCACUAUCUCCGUCCUUUUGAAUUUUUAUCUUCCUUUGUGCAGAUAAACCAAUGCACCCUAAACCCCCCAAUCCAGCCAUCACUACUACUUGGUUUAAUUGCUCUCAGCCGGUGCACAGAGGAGUCUGGCUGGGAUUGCACUUUGAGGGCAGCCCAAGAAAUAACAAACCUCUCUGGGCCCAGGCAAACCCUGAGAAUUUUCUCAUGCUUUCCCUUGCCUGCUUAUCCAAGCACAAAUCUCAAACCCAUUCUCUCUCUGGCACCAUUUGAAGUUUUUGGUUAAACUAUCUUGUGCAAUGUCCAGACACCUGGGGAAAAGGUGCUCUGCUGAAGGGAGGCUGUCAGAAUUUAGGCAAACGUUAAACCAAAAAAUGAGAAGGUUUUCUGGUAUGGGGGGGGAGGGAAGAGGGGGAGAGAAACUAGUGGUUGUGGGGUUUUUUCUCUCCCCCGUUUGUCCUGUCCUUACACAGAAAAAAGCACUUGUGUGUAUUAACCCAGAACUACAUGUCCUAAGUGUUUGUUCAUCUGUAUUUGGCAGAACCAAUCUUGCAUAAGCCUUAGCUGCCUCAGUCUAUCAUGACAUGAAGCGGGUGUACUGAAUUUUUCUACUGGUUGUUGUUUUGUUUUUUUUUUGUAUUUGUUUGGCAAAAUUUUUAUAUUUGUACAAUUUAAGAUGCUAGAACCACCCCUGGGGGGUGACAUUUUUAAUAAAGACAAUUGAAAUAA